AUGUCUGAUUUGGAGUUCAUUGACUCCUUCACGCCUGCUCAAGAGCACUUUUUGAGAAAAGCUUUGUUGGAGCUUUGUAUCAAGAAAGAGCUCCACUGGCUCUCGGUGCCGAACUCGGUGCUGCUCUUGGGGCCGCCGUUUAGGCAGUUCAACCAUCCUCAGGGAAUACAGAUGCCUAUUCUCAAACAUUUCUUCCAAAACUACAUCAAGACCUUUCCCUUGAUUGCAAGCAAUCCGGAAAUGGAACAAAUUGAGUUUUGGAGAGACACGGUGCACCCAUUUAUCGAUAGCUUCAACAAAAAACACAUUUCGGACUCGAUUGAGCGAAAAGAGCUGGUCACCAAAAGACACCAGAUCAAUUCAAGACUUUCUUCGUUGCUCAUCAUGUUCUACAACUCCAUGAUUAUCAGCAAAAAGGAGUUCCAGUAUUUGGACAGUGACCACCUUAGAGAGUCAGAUAAGGGCAAGCUCGAUAAGCUUAGUCGGGCACCUAAUGCGGCCAAACAGUCGUUCGAUGCGUUUCAGGGAACACGCUCGUUGGAGGAUUACGAGAGAAUGGUUUUUCUGAACAAUAUCAACGUGAACAUUGUUGCUGUCGAUAUCAUCAAUGUGGAUGUCAACGCUGAAAAGUCUUCAUGGUCCCUGUUGUUCAAUUCGCCGGAGACAAAACGUAAGCUGCACUACUUGUUCGUUUUACAAGUGACAAAGAGAGAAGGUGCGUCUGGAAAGUUUCUGUAUAAGUCUCAUUUCAUCAGCAAGCUGUACCUGGAUUUCAAGAGACUCGAAGCUGACCUAAAGAAAAAGUAUCCCGGACUUAUGACUACAGAUAUCACUCGUUUGCCUAAAAAAUUGAGCAACGAUCUGGGCCAUUCAGCCACAGACAGCUCCUCUAGUUCGCUGCUGGACAGCGUGAGCGUGGUAUCAGGCACUUCAAAGAAGCCAAGAUACGCUAAUCAGAGAUAUCACCGUGAAAAGUUGCGCUUGGCGCUUCGUGGGUACAUGGCGUCCCUUCUAGCAAAGCCAGAAAUCGCACACUGCGAUAUACUUCAGCAUUUCAUUGACGAUAAGAAAAGAAAUUUUGACAAACUCACCGAAAGUCAAGAGGAAGACUACAUCCUGAGAAUGGACCUUGAGAAGCGUAGGUUGUUAACGCAGAUUGAAUUUCAAGAAGAAACCGCCAAGUCAGUUUAUGACCUAUCGAAGAAGUUCGAGGACUUUAAGAAGCAACUUUUAGAGGACCCCGAGCUGCUCUCACAGAUUUUUGCUGAGUUUAGCAAAACAAAGACAAUGGAAGAAGUGUCUCCGCUUCUAAAGACAUUCUUCGAGUGGUGCAAGUUGGAAAUUGCUGCUACUCUUUACCAAGUAUUCCUUAGUCAAGACAAUUCCAGUGAGUGGUUCAGAAAAUGCCUUAAGUUCCACAGAUUCUUUCCCUACAGUAUGUGCUACGGUAUUCUCAAGUUUGCUAAUCCGAUGAAAGUUAUGACAAGAAUAGUGGAUAUGCUUCUUAUCAGUGUUCCCACCGUGAACAUGCCUUGGUCUUCAAGUGAGGACAAGAAGAAGGUGAACAAUUUGCUUUCUAUGAUGUUUAUCAUGUUACUUGACGAAGACUUACAAGAUUACCUGAAAGAAAGAACCAAGUUGCUCGAGGAAGAGCCAUUGAACCUUCUGGAGUUUCUGCCUUUUGUCAAAAGAAUCAUGGACUAUGUUGCACUGCACGAUAUCGAAGUAGCCGAUCAGAUUAAGGAGGAGAGUAUUUUGAAUGAGGAACACUUGUUGUUGACAAUUUUUAAAACGGAAAAACUUGGCAAGAAGCUUUCGGCUGCCGAGUACGCGACCUAUCAAAAGAUUGAACAAUCAUACCAAAAAUACGUCCUGAUGGAAGAUCACAAGAAUGUCGACGAGGCUGCGGUUUUCGUGUCGUUACAACAGCUCUGGCAACUUGAGGUGCGGUCUAGAGACAAAGAGUUGAUGAAGCAGCUCUGGAAGGAGCCAGAACUCACUCAGCUUAUCAAGAAAUUUCUUGUUGUUUUUUACAACCCGCUUAUGACGGUGAUGAAGCAGUGUGAAAUCCACACAGCUUUCAGAGACUUCCAAUUAUUCAUGAAUGAUCUCAUGGAAGAGCUUAAGCAGCUAGAUGAAGGCGGAAUCUAUUUCACGUCACCCGUGGAGAUUUUUAACCGCUUCAAGACUCUUUUAAAUAAGCAUGAGAGGGGCUUUUGGCGCCUUCUUCGUGAUCUCUACUUGAAAGACGACAAGAAGAUAUUUACUGGACUUAUUGAGUGGGUUCAAAGCUUCCUUUUGGCGCUUCGCCGCAAGAACUCCGAACCUGAACUGGUCAUGGUGCAUUUCACAAAAAUGCAGCCGACAGCCCCAGUGGAUCCGCAACUCCUAAAGCAGCAGGUGGAUAAUCGGAUGGAGGCAAUUUUGGCUAAGCGAAGGAUUAUUCGCCACUACUUGGAGAAGCAAUCCCGCAAAGAUGACAGUGGUGGAGAUGCAGUAAAGCAAGGUGUUACGAGAGAUCAAGCAGAGAUCAAUGCCAGGUGGGAGAAGCUUAAUAACGGUCUCUUUGAAGUACAAGAUGCUGAUUUGGGCGUCGAUAACGAGGACUAUGACGAGCUUGAGUUGGCCAAACUAGGAGAUCUCGAAGAAGGGGACAAAGAGGCCCAGCUCUUGCUUCGAGACCUCACCAAGUACGAUAAAAUGGUGGAUCAAAAUACGCUGGAGAUUGAAAAACUCGCCUCCAGUAUGCACGCUCAGCUUCGCGACAUCUUGGAGCUGUUGCCUCUUCCUACGCGAGUAUUAGGCACCAAGGAGCCAAUUAAGAAGUGA